CCACACACCACCCUGUUGUGUCUGACUGUCUGACGGAAGCUCCGCUAACGUGCGCGCAUCUCGGCUUUCUUGCUUCCAUGGCGAUGUCUCUGCAACUCUGCCGCUUCUCCACCUUCUCCGACCGCUCCCUUCCGGAGGCCUUCGCCGGAAUCGGACUGUUCCGGUGCCGGAAGCCUCUCUCCGUUCGGUGCUCAGGCGAGUCCGAGUCUUCUUCUUCUUCGUCUGUGGCUGUUGAUUCCGAUUUUGAUGCGAAGGUGUUUCGGCACAACUUGACGAGGAGUAAGAAUUAUAAUCGGAAAGGAUUUGGACACAAGGAUGAGACUCUGGAGCUCAUGAAUCGCGAGUAUACUAGUGACAUCAUAAAGACAUUGAAGGAAAAUGGAAAUGAGUAUAAAUGGGGAAAUGUUACAGUGAAACUGGCAGAAGCCUAUGGAUUUUGCUGGGGUGUGGAGCGUGCUGUCCAAAUUGCUUAUGAAGCCAGAAAACAAUUUCCUGAGGAGAAAAUUUGGAUUACGAAUGAAAUUAUUCACAACCCUACUGUUAACCAGCGAUUGGCAGAGAUGGAAGUCAAAGAUAUUCCCAUUGAUGAUGGCCAGAAACAAUUUGAAGUUGUUGAUAAGGGUGAUGUUGUGAUUUUGCCUGCUUUUGGAGCUGCAGUGGAUGAGAUGUUGACUUUGAGCAACAAAAAUGUACAAAUCGUUGAUACAACUUGCCCAUGGGUUUCUAAGGUUUGGAAUAUUGUUGAGAAGCACAAGAAGGGAGAGUACACUUCAAUCAUUCAUGGUAAAUAUUCUCAUGAGGAGACUAUUGCAACUGCAUCUUUUGCAGGGAAGUAUAUCAUUGUGAAGAAUAUGGCAGAGGCAAUGUAUGUAUGUGAUUACAUUCUUGGAGGAGAACUUGAUGGAUCUAGCUCAACCAGAGAGGAGUUUUUUGAGAAAUUUAAAUUUGCCAUCUCUGAGGGGUUUGAUCCAGACAUUGACUUGUCCAAAGUUGGUAUUGCAAAUCAAACCACAAUGCUCAAGGGAGAAACUGAAGAAAUUGGGAAAUUAGUAGAGAGGACUAUGAUGCGAAAAUAUGGGGUUGAAAAUGUCAACAAUCACUUCAUAAGCUUCAACACAAUUUGUGAUGCUACUCAAGAGCGACAAGAUGCAAUGUAUAAGCUGGUGGAGGAGAAACUGGACGUUAUGUUAGUAGUUGGUGGGUGGAACUCCAGCAACACCUCACAUCUACAAGAGAUUGCGGAGGACCGUGGAAUCCCCUCGUAUUGGAUUGACAGUGAGAAGAGAAUAGGUCCAGGAAACAGAAUAAGUCAUAAGUUGAUGCAUGGGGAGCUGGUUGAGAAAGAAAACUGGCUACCAGAGGGUCCUAUUACGAUAGGUGUUACAUCCGGUGCCUCUACCCCAGAUAAGGUUGUUGAAGAUGCUCUCAUCAAGGUAUUCGACAUUAAACGGGAAGAAGCCUUGCAACUGGCAUAAUAAGUGUAGAAGUGAAGCUUUUAACUCAAUGCUAUAAGUGGAAGGAUAAGAGCAUUACUGUAUAUUUAAAUGAGAGGAUUUGCAGCAUCCCGCAUUAGAAAGAGCAGUUUCGUGUAAAUUUUGAGCCAUGCAACUCACUUUCUAAGUAAAACCAGUGGGUGAUCUGCAGCUCUUACUAUUUCUUAUACAGAUCAGUGGACUAUGAAUUUCUCUCAUUAUAUGAAUAAGCUCAUGAAUUUGUUGGAUUUUCUGUUUUCCAGUUGAGUUCUUGACCAGUAUUAGAUGAUCGAAGAUUAACUAAAGAAAGCAAAAUCCAUCUAUUUA